CGCCCCGGUCCCCGCCGCUGUCCUCGCGGUGAUCCAUGCGGACCCCCAGCGCCACGCUGCCGUCAGGGAUCUGACAACCCUCCCCCCCCCACCUCCCUCUCCCCGAGACCAUCGUCCACGCGGUGCCGAGCAGAGGGAGGGCGAGGACGGAGGGGCAGCCUCUGGGACUAACUCAUGAAGAACAAGGGUGCCAAGCAGAAGCUGAAACGAAAGGGAGCCAGCGGUGCGUUCGGCUGUGACCUCACGGAGUACCUGGAGAGCUCGGGACAGGAUGUUCCAUAUGUGUUGAAGAGCUGUGCAGAAUUUAUAGAGACUCAUGGUAUUGUGGAUGGGGUCUACCGGCUUUCAGGAGUCACCUCAAACAUACAGCGGCUGAGGCAGGAGUUUGUCUCAGACCAUUGUCCAGAUCUGACAAAGGAGGUGUACCUGCAGGACAUCCACUGCGUGGGCUCCCUCUGCAAGCUCUACUUCCGUGAGCUGCCCAACCCCCUCCUGACUUAUGAGCUCUAUGACAAGUUCACGGAGGCAGUGUCACAUUGCCAAGAAGAAGGCCAACUUGCCCGAAUCCAAAAUGUUAUCCAGAAGCUUCCUCCAUCCCAUUAUAGGACCUUGGAAUACUUGAUUCGACACCUGACCCACAUCGCCUCCUUCAGCAGCAGGACCAACAUGCAUGCCAGGAACCUGGCCUUGGUGUGGGCUCCAAACCUCCUGAGGUCUAAAGAAAUCGAAGCCAGUGGGUGCAGUGGAGAUGCAGCCUUCCUAGCAGUCCGGGUCCAGCAGGUGGUGAUUGAAUUCAUACUGAACCAUGUGGAUCAAAUCUUUAACAACGGUGCUCCAGGGCCUCUGGAAAACAACGAUGACCGGCCCAUCAUGAAGAGCCUGACCCUGCCAGCAUUAUCACCCAUGAAGUUGGUGAGCCUGGAGGAGGCUCAGGCCCGCAACCUGGCUACAAACCACCCCGCUCGGAAAGAAAGGAGAGAGAACAGCUUGCCUGAGAUUGUCCCUCCCAUGGGCCCCCUCUUCCACACCGUCCUUGAGUUACCAGAUAGCAAGAGAAAACUUUCCAGUAAAUCAAAGAAGUGGAAAUCUAUAUUCAACCUGGGACGAUCUGGGUCAGAUUCCAAAUCAAAACUGAGUAGAAAUGGGAGUGUCUUUGUGAGAGGACAGCGGCUCUCGGUGGAAAAGUCUGCUAUUCGACCAGCUAAAAGCAUGGACUCUCUGUGUUCAGUGCCUGUGGAAGGAAAAGAAACCAAAGGCAAUUUUCAUCGAACCGUCACCACUGGUGGAUUUUUCAUUCCAGCCUCAAAAAAGCACUCGAACAACACGGGCAGCUCCUGUGACCUCAGCAAGCAGGAAGGCGAGUGGUGUCAGGAGGGGAUGCCAGCAGGGGCAGAGGGGGGCUUCGAUGUGAGCAGCGACAGAAGCCAACCCCAGGGCACUCAGGUCCGGCCGCCACCAGAGCAGCUGAAGGUGUUCCGUCCGAUCGAGGACCCCGAGAGCGAGCAGACAGCCCCUAAGAUGCUCGGCAUGUUCUACACUUCCAACGACAGCCCCAGCAAGUCUGUCUUCAGCAGCAGCCUCUUCCAGAUGGAGCCCUCGCCCCGUCACCAGCGCAAGGCGCUAAACAUCUCUGAGCCCUUUGCGGUGUCCGUGCCCCUCCGCGUGUCCGCUGUCAUCAGCACCAACAGCACCCCAUGCCGAACACCCCCCAAGGAGCUGCAGUCUCUCUCCAGCCUGGAAGAGUUUUCUUUCCAGGGUUCAGAGAGUGGGGCUUGGUCAGAAGAGGAGAAGCCCCAGGGGGCUGAGACUUCCACAGCUCCUGUCACCAAGAAGGCAGCUCCUGAGGCCAGCACUCCCUCAGAAUCCUCCCGGACAGUGGAAUGUAGCCAGGGCCUUUCCCAGGAGCCAGAUGCCCCUCUGGAGAAGAAUACCUCCAAAGCCUCCCUGAGCUCUCAGCAUUCAAGGGAAUUAGAGAAGAAGUUGGAGAAGGAGGUGGAGGAGGGUCUAACAGAUGGCCAAGCAGGGCCAAGCACGGCACAGGACAGUCCUGGGCCCAGAGCUGAAGCCAUAUUUCUCCAUGAGACGGAUGAAGAUGAUCUGGCUAAUGUCCUAAACUGGCCAGAAAUUCAACAGGAGCUGAAAAUCAUUGAAUCUGAGGAGGAGCUCUCCAUCUUGCCACCACCCCCUGCUCAGAAGUUCGACCCAACUCAGCCAGUUCUUGAGUCAAAUCCAGAGUCGUUUCCUUCCCCAGAGCCUCCAGGGAUCUUGUAUUGUAGCUCCACCCCUUCUGAGGCAUGGACUAAGGACUCAACCAUUCAGAACACACAAGGGGCUGCCGCAGCAGCCCACAGAGAGAAGCUGGAGCCAACCAGCUACCUCCCUGCAUCCUCACCUGAACAGGCCCCAAGUCCAGAUCCUGGCAGUCUGGCUCCUCUGGCAAUAGUUCCAUUUGAGAAGUCAUCCUCGCCCCCAAGGAUGAAGGUGGAAGGCCCAGAGAAUAUCUCUCCUCCACUCCCUCCUGCUGCUCCCCCUCCAACACCUCUGGAGGAGCCACCUGGAGGCCUGCUGUCCAAGGGCAGUCUUGAGGAAGAAGAUCUGACUCAGAUGUUGAGGACCUAUUCCUAUACAGAGCAGCCAAAGUCCAAAGACAAUCCUGGGACCCCUAUCCCCUGUCAGGAAGAUGAGGCUGCUCCAAGACAAAAUGAAAAGCCACAUUCAAAAAAUGCUGCUCUCCAGGAAAAAGGUUCUGGUUUCCCCAGCCCAACGAAAGAGCUCGAGAUCUCGCCGCAAGGGAAGGGGGAUGUAACCCAUUCAGUACAGGAGCCUUCAGACUGUGACGAAGAUGACAGUGUGCCCGACAUCGCUCAGCACAGCCUGGAGAUGGUGGAGCCCUGGGAGGAGCCUCAGUGGGUGACGAGUCCCCUUCACUCUCCCACCCUCAAAGAAGUGCACGAGGCCCAGCCUCAGGGCCCCCAGAGCCAUCGAUUGGAAAGGAGGCUUUGCCACAGGCCCAGCCUACGCCAGAGCCAUUCUCUGGAUAGCAAGACCACUGUUAAGAGCCAGUGGACUCUCGAUGAUGUCUCCUUCUCCAGCAGCUGUGCUAAUCUGGACUCUGAGAAUUCUGACAGUCAGCAGCCACUGGCAACCAGAAGAGGGAUGAUUGGAUGGGACGAGAGAGCCCUGAAGUCAUUUAGAGAGUUCUCUGGCCUAAAAGGGGAAGAAGGAUUUCCUAGGCCGAAGGGAGCAGACAAUGGACAACCCAAACCAGCAGACUCCAGCCCCAUCAGCUUAGGGGAGAGAAAUCAGGGGCAACCACUAAGGCACAACAACUCCCAGAUUAAGCAAGGCAGUGUCCCUGAAGCAGAACCCAACAAGGAAAGUUCCCGUGGUAUUCAGGACAGCACUUUACCUGAAGAGCAACCCCCAAAGUUACAGUUGAAGAGCAGUGAGGGUGGACCCUCAAAAGGGAAAAACAGACCUUCUUCUCUCAACUUGGACUCUGCUGUUCCCAUUACUGACCUCUUCCGGCUUGAGAAUGGAGCCUCGUUAAGUUCACCUGGAAUGCAGCUCUCUGAGCCAGGAGACACCCAAGUCCCCUGGAUGACUUCAUCUCAAUGUAAAGCAGAUUCCUGGAAGGUUUAUCCUCAAGACACCCAGGACCUGGAUGUUUUUCCUCACGCCCUCACUGGUCGCCGUAACUCGGCUCCUGUGAGUGUGUCAGCGGUGAGAACCUCCUUCAUGGUGAAAAUGUGUCAGGCCAAGGCAGUACCGGUCAUCCCACCCAAGAUUCAGUACACACAAAUCCCACAGCCCCUGCCUUCUCAGAACACAGGGGAGAGUGGGGCUCAGCCUCUGAAGAAGAGCCAAGAAGAACCUAGUUCAACGGGUGAGACCACUCAGAAACCAGCCAAAGAUGAAUCUUCCUCUUCCUUGGAAAGCCCAAAGGAAGAGAAACCAAAGCAAGAUAUGGGACCCAUUAAGGCUUCAUUGAUAGACGCCACUGACUCUUGCCUGCGCGAGGGACCCAAUCUCUCUCCCGAACCAGGCAUGUGUAACCUGCUCACCAACCAGGACGCAACAGUGCAAUGCAGAAAGCGUUUGUCAGACACAGAGCCAUCCGGGGACAACCCUCUUUCUUCAAAAAUUGAGCGGUCCUCUGGAGGUCCUAAGUCUUUCCACAGGCCAAGGUCUGGAAGACCUCAGAGCCUCAUCUUAUUCAGUCCUCCUUUCCCGAUCAUGGACCACCUGCCCCCCUCAUCCACAGUGACAGAUUCCAAGGUCCUGCUGUCCCCUAUCAGAAGUCCCACUCAGACAGUUUCCCCUGGCCUUCUCUGUGGAGAGUUGGCUGAAAACACAUGGGUCACACCAGAAGGGGUUACCCUUAGAAAUAAAAUGACCAUCCCUAAGAAUGGCCAAAGACUGGAGACAUCAACCAGUUGUUUUUACCAGCCCCAGCGGAGAUCAGUGAUUCUGGAUGGAGGAAGUGGGAGGCAAAUAGAAUGAUGUCCAUUCACCUGCAGGUGUCUGCGAAAGAAUGUCAUGACCUAUCUGGAAGUUAUUUACAGGGCCAUCUCCCAGGCACAGAUUACCUAAGCGUGAGCUUAUUUUGACCUCCGACUUUUCUUUUUUCUAGCCUUUGACCAUUCAUUAAUGAUCCCAUUUUCUAGAAGAGUGGCCAAGGGAAGGAUCCAAAGGUAAAAUUGAGAUAAGGUCAUAUGAGCAAGAAGGAAAGGUUAGGCAAAGGAAGAGGAUGGAAUGUUUGCUGCCAUUGAAAUCUGGGUGAGUUGUAGUCCUCCCCCAUUUCCAUAAUCCAUUACAGCUGAGAGCUGGCUGUGAGAAUGUCCUUUGAAAGAAAGAAAAAUCCAUUGCGUGUCAGGAAACGUUGCUAUUGAGAUUUGAAGGCCUUCUUCAUGCUUCUUAACACUCUUUAAAGCAUGUGUUGUUUUAGAUUCAUUUACUAAUAAGCUUUGUUAAAAGAAGCAAAAUAGGGUGCAAUUAGAUUCCCAAGUCAGUAAAUGUCACCACAAGUUGUUGCCCUGGGAUCUUGCAGACCUGCUCAAGAUGACUCUAUACCAGCAUAGAAAGGCAGAAUCUGUAAUCAAGCAAACCCUAAGACUGGCACCACCCAGGUAGACUUUCUGGCUGUGGCUCUCAUUAACUCGGAACUCUGCCUACCACUAUACUGAUUUAUCAGUUUUGUAGCUGGGAACAAUGGAGGUUGAACUGAGGAUUGCUAUUGGAUCUUCUUUGUGGGUAUCCAUCAGCUUUCUUAACAUCAGAAUCUUAAUGUGCCAUUGGUCAUUGAUCAUUGAGAAAAGUCUUCCACAUAGGCACAAUUUCAGGCAAACCUGAUGUUUAAAUUGCCAGGGCAUUAGCAGAAACCAUGUCUAGUUCAGUUUCAGUCUUUCUAUACUAGGCUAGGCAGGACAGAAAGGACACCAGGAGGAUCAAACCCUAGAAAACUGGCUCUCACUACCACGCUCUGAAGCUGCUGUCCUUGAUAAUGAAUUCCAUUGGCCAGUGGAUCCCUUCCCUUUCUCUCCUUUUGCUCAAGAGUGGCUGUGAGGCACCUCUUCCCUUCCAUAACUCCCCUUAUUCACUACCCACCCCAGACAUUCAGACUUGCUCUUUCCCCUGGGUACCAGCAGAAAAAAAUAAACCAAUGUGAUUUUCUUGAAGUUACUUAGACUUUUUAGUGGUUCUUUUCAGGUGAAGAGAGGAAGGAAAACUAACACAACCGAUGGUAGAUUUUUUUUUUAAUGUUCCCUAAAAGGCUUCAUGGGAUACCUCUUGUCACUUCCUUCCAUGAGAAAAUGCAAACAUGUGCACAAGCACAUGCACACACACACACACAGGCACAAUUUCUUCACUCUCUGAUAAGUCUUAUGGUUUUGUUAUCUGUCCUGUGCCUUUUAAGCAUAGGGUAUCUGAUAUAUCAACUAAUGAGUCUCUCUUCAGAGAGCGUUGAGAUGACACAGCGUGUUUAAUAGGCCUUUGGUGAGUGUUUUUGCUUUCUCAUUGAAGAGUCAAGAUAUUGGACCAACAGCCAAUGAGAUACCAACCCACAAGAAAAGUCUUAGAACAUACUAUUAUACCCCUAGACAAGCAAGUGAAGAAAUACGGUGGUGAGACAUGAGAAAGACCAUGUUCGGGAGAUUUGAAAGCACAUUCCUGCCUUAUCAGAGACUGUGGUAGAUAAGUUUUGUGUCAGUCUCAUUGCACUGUGGUGUCUAUACUUUGAUAAGGCUCAUGUUCCAGUUAGAAGGCAAGAGGGCAACAACCACCCUGCACUUCGUCAGAACUGAGCCAAGUAACAAACUACCUAUGAUCACUGAAAGUUGUUUGUAAUACAUGUAGAAUAUAUAUUUUGUUGUUGUUGUUGGGGAUAGACUGAGAAGCUUUAUGUACAUGUUAACAAGUGUCUCCAGUUCUGAGGACUGAGGCACCUCUGUCUUAUUUAUAAAAUGGCUGCCAUGUUCCUAAUUUAGAUCGACACCGUUCAUUUAUGGAAUCACCUUAGGCAUGUGGCAUUGUCAAUGAGCAUGUGAUACACUGACAGCUGUCUGGAUUUGCUCCCUACCCCAAGCCUUUCUAAGCCAAUUCCAAUCUAGAAGGGCUGGGAAAUGACUCGCCUCACAACCACCUUCUAUUGCUCACGUGUCGUGUUUCCUUAAAAAAAUUAUUUUGUAGUUUUAAAAAUUUCAAGUAGUUGUACAAAAAAGGGGUGGGAGUUACAGCUUCAUAAUCCUCUUCUGACCAUUUCACAGUGUGUCAAUGGUUACAUACAUAUUUAUAAGCUUCUUGUGGGCUAGGCACUGAUGAAAUUCUAGCCCACGAACAAUCAUUCCCCCAAAUAUGCGGGGAUUACCCAUUUGGUCCCCACUUGGGGCACUGAAAACUAGACACCUCCCUCCUGGAAAAAAAAAUGGCUGGAUGGGAUAAAACUGUGAACUUUCUUCCAGAGAAGGGGUAGAACAAGGCUGGAUGUUCCCAGGAGGCUCUGUUUGAUGCCUGGAAAGGGCUGCAACUCUUCAACCAUCAGUCCUUCAACUGAGGUCGCUGAUUCGUUACUGAAAUUGAAGUGGAAUGUAUGCAUGUAACAAUGUUUUCUUUCAGUGUUUUCUUUUUAUCAAACUGGACUAAAUGGAGGAUAUUUUGUUUUUAUUCUCUGCCUCACUUGAAAUAUGAAGAGACCUGACCAACUCUCCAGUGGCCUAAUCUAAACUCUAAAAUGUUAAGUAUUACCCAUCAAAAUUCUACAUUCUGAGGACAUCGAGAAUAUAAGUAGCAUCACUCACUCAAAUAUUUAUCAAGAGCUUAGUGAUAUUGUACUUGUGGACCUUAGUAUGCCAAAAUUUUUGAGGAGUCUAAAGCAAAAGGAUGAGAGAUGGAGAAAGUGAGACAAUGUAACAAUGAAGAGCAAGGUUGAGAACUUUUGGUUAUCAAAUGACAGAAGAGGCUGGACAAGGAACAGCUAAGCAUCUUUCACUGGUAUUAGUAGUAUUUAAGUGAUCUGGUUGCAGAUCUACGCAAAGAGUCACUCCAGAGUUGAACACUUGCUUUGAUUUUAAAAAUUGGGAGUCAUAAGCAAUUAAGAACAAGCAGUUCAGGGCUGGGAAGGUGGCUCAGUGGUAGAGCGCUUGCCUUGCAUGCUCGAGGCCCUGGGUUCGA